CAUUGGCUCCAAGGCACUUCCUCUGGUUUAGGAAGGCAAGGCCCUGGAUAAGAAUGACAAGACGAUCAUUCCAAAAGCAAAAGAUGGAUGCUUUGUGUUCAGAUUGAAAAAUUCCUUUCAGUUCUUUUGAUUAGGAUGAGAAAAAGGAACUCAGUAGAAUUGGAAAUUUGCUUCUGCAAAAUAAAUCAUAGCAUCUUGAGGUUGGACAGCCCUUAGAAUUUACCCGAGCCCAUCGCCCAUCUGGAGAAAUGCUGAUGAUUCUCUCUGGGACCUCCAGGCGGUGAACACAUCACUCUGAAACCAUAGCAGUUUCAAGGAGAGUAACCGAAGACUAAGACCCUGCCACUUUGGGAUAAGAUUGGAAGAGUAGCUGCUAAAAGUCAUGGAUACUAAUGAUGACCCUGAUGAAGACCAUCUUACAAGUUAUGAUAUUCAGCUCAGUAUUCAAGAAGCCAUUGAAGCCAGCAAGUCUGUAUUUUAUUCUGAAAGUAGAUUUGUACCACUGAGUGAUCAAAACAGAAAACUUGUGGAAGCCAUAAAACAAGGUCACAUUCUUGAACUCCAGGGAUAUGUGAAAUAUAAAUAUGCAUUGGAUGAAGCUGACGAAAAAGGUUGGUUUCCAUUGCAUGAGGCUGUUGUUCAACCCAUUCAACAAAUACUUGAAGUUGUUCUGGAUGCAUCCUACCAGACACUCUGGGAGUUCAAGACCUCGGAUGGAGAAACACCCUUGACGCUGGCAGUCAAAGCUGGUCUGGUAGAAAAUGUAAGAACUUUACUAGAGAAGGGAGUGUGGCCAAACACCAAAAAUGACAAAGGAGAGACACCCCUUCUGAUUGCUGUGAAAAAGGGCUCCUACGACAUGGUGUGCACUCUGCUGAAACACAACACCAGCCUUGACCAGCCCUGCAUCAAGCGAUGGUCGGCGAUGCACGAAGCGGCCAAACAAGGCCGCAAAGACAUCAUAGCUCUGCUGCUGAACCACGGAGGCAAUGUCCACCUGAGAGACGGAUUUGGCGUCACGCCGCUGGGUGUUGCUGCCGAGUACGGUCACUGCGAUGUGCUGGAACACCUCAUCCACAGAGGUGGUGAUGUCUUUGCUCUGGCAGAUGAUGGCGCAUCAGUGUUGUUCGAGGCAGCAGGAGGGGGCAAUCCCGACUGCAUUUCCCUCCUGCUGGAAUACGGAGGAAGUGGAAAUGUACCCAACAGAGCGGGGCAUCUUCCAAUACACAGAGCUGCCUACGAGGGACACUAUCUUGCACUGAAGUAUCUUAUCCCAGUAACAUCCAAAAAUGCAAUUCGGAAAAGUGGGCUAACACCAAUUCACUCAGCAGCAGAGGGACAAAAUGUGCAGUGCCUCGAACUGCUUAUUGAAAAUGGCUUUGAUGUCAAUACUCCACUUGCGGACCACAUUUCUGGGAGCUAUGAUGAUGAGCGGAAGACGGCGCUGUAUUUUGCCGUUUCUAACAAUGACAUCCAGUGCACCGAAGUCCUGCUGGCUGCAGGUGCAGACCCAAACCUAGACCCCCUCAACUGUCUGCUUGUGGCAGUGAGGGCCAAUAACCAUGAAAUUGUCCGGCUGCUUCUCUCCCACGGAGCUAACGUCAAUUGUUACUUUAUGCACGUGAAUGACACGCGUUUCCCCAGUGCCAUUCAGUAUGCCCUCAAUGACGAGGUGAUGCUGCGCCUGUUGCUGAAUAAUGGCUAUCAAGUGGAGAUGUGCUUUGAGUGCAUGCAUGGGGACAUCUUUGGAAAUUCAUUUGUGUGGUCAGAGAUAGAAGAAGAGGUACUACCCGGGUGGACAUCUUGUGUAAUAAAAGAUAACCCGUUCUGUGAGUUUAUUACAGUUCCUUGGAUGAAACACUUGGUAGGCAGCGUUAUUCGUGUGUUAAUCGAUUACAUGGAUUAUAUUCCUCUGUGCGCUAAGCUGAAGUCUGCACUAGAAGUACAGAGAGAAUGGCCAGAAAUCCGUCAAAUACUAGAGAAUCCUUGCUCAUUAAAGCAUAUGUGUCGGUUAAAAAUUCGAAGGCUUAUGGGACUCCAGCGACUCCGCCAGCCAGCCUCAGUGCAGAAGCUCCCUCUACCACCAACCAUCCAAAGAUAUAUAUUAUUUAAAGAGUACGAUCUCUAUGGACAAGAGCUAAAAUUGCCAUGAUUUAAAAUAUUUUAAAUGUGAUUUAAAAAAUAUUUUUAAAUGGAGUUCAUUCAGAAUUUCUUGGAAUCAUUUUAUAUACUUAAGUGUAUUUAAAUCCAUUAACAAUUUUAUAACAAUCGUGUGUUCUUAUGGUGACACCAUAUUGUACAUCUUUAAAGACCUUUACAUUGUGAUUUUUUAAAAAGCCAGUCAGUAUUUUGUAUGUGAAUUUCUAUUAAUUAUCUCCACUUCCAGCAAGUCUUCAAAUUCUCCCCAUCAGAUGUCUCCUACAAUGUCCAUCUCUCCUGCAUUUCUACAACAAAGAACCACUGUCUUAAACCCCUAGUUGUUGGCUCUUUUCCUUCCUUUUAUACCCACACCGAGCUCCUUCUUGCCUGCGGAUACACACCGUACUCUAGCUUAUGCUCCCUCUGCUGCCUUUCUCAAGGUCUUUAAUAACUGCCUUGUUGCUAAUUUCAAUGAGCAUUCUUAGUCCUUUCAUCUGAGUCCUGCAGCAUCUGGCACUGCUGUCUGCUCCUUGCUUGAAAUGGUUUUCCCUUUGUUUUCAGGACACCUUGCUCUCUUGGCUCUCCUCUCACCUACCUCCCCAACCGAUUGCUCCUCUCUCUGGCUGCUUUCUGUGGUACUUCUCUCCUGCCAACCCCUUAGUAUGUGUCUUAAGCCCUGUUUUCUUCUUGUGCUGUGUUCUCUGGGAGAAAUGUCAUCCACAUCUAUGGUUUCAGUAACUAACUGUAUGCAGUUGGCCAAUUUAUAUCUGAAGUUCAACUCUUUCUCUCAUCCUAUGUAAGCAAGUGUUCUAUUGGACUUUUGUUUUUUUUUCUAAAGAUUUUAUUUAUUUGAGACACACAGAGAGAGAGAGAGAGAGAGGGAGAG